AUGCUUCUGUACCAGGUGGUGGCAGCACAGAGCGACGCUGACGCAUUUGCAAAGCUGGAUUGGAGCGGCAUGGAGAUUGAGACGUACACUGCAGCCUACAACCAGAGCGACUGGAGGGACCAGGCUCGCAAGGCUCGAUUCAAAGACCCCAUCCAGGGGGGUCUUGAGGCCGAGUUUGGAGCGGAUGUGCUAUUUGGCGACUGGGCAUACUACUGUACGCCGGCGCUGUCGGAGAUGCUGAAGCUUCCCAGGGUGACCGUGUCGAACAUUCCCAUUCUGGACCCUGUCCACACCACGUGGGACCGCUCCACCGGCCGCCGCAUGCAUGCAUCCAACAUGCUCGCUUACACCCCCCAGGUGGGCACGGGCUUCCCCAGUGCCAUGAGCUUUGCGCAGCGCGUGGAGAAUGUAAUUACCUAUGCGGUGGCCAGCCUCAUUGACUGGGUCGCCUUUCACAGGAUGAUCUACAAGCCGAUGGGCGCGAGGCACGGCAUCGAUCUGGGCACGCCCGAGGCGCUGAGCCGCGGUGUCAUGCACCUCUUCAACGUGGAUUUUGCGCUGGAGUUUCCCCGGAAGCUUCCCCCCAACGUCAAGCUCGUCGGCCCACUCAUGCCCGAGCCGCCCAAACCGCUGCCUGCUGAUCUGGAGGAGUUUGUGGGCGGCAGCGCGGAGGCGGGGGCGGUGUAUGUGUCGCUGGGGACGGUGUGCUCCAUCGGGGCGCAAGAGUUCCGCGAGCUGGCCGCCGCGCUGUCCGCUCUCCCGUCGCGCGUCAUCUGGAAGGUUGGCGCGGACGACCUGCCCCAGGGUGUCUCCCUGGCAUCCCUGGGCCUCGCUGACAAUGUGAAGUGGGCGCCGCAGAACGAUGUGCUGGGCCACUCCAAGAUGAGGGCGUUUCUGACGCACGGCGGAGUGAACGGUCUGUAUGAGGCGGCGUACCACGGAGUUCCCAUAGCAGGCAUCCCCUUAAUAGCGGACCAGAAGGACAAUGUGGCAAAGGCGGUGCACCGCGGGUUCGGGCUGGCCGUGGAUCCGCACGGCUGCCUGACGGCUGCGCGCAUCGGCGGCGCGCUGCGGCGGCUGCUGGCCGAGCCGGGCUUCCGCGCUGCUGCCGCGAAGCUGUCCCGGCGGCUGCGCAGCCGGCCGCGCACUCCCGCGCAGGAAGCUGCAGAUUGGGUGCAACAUGUAAUCGACACAGAGGGCGAGCCUUACCUCCAGACUCCUGAGGACACAAUCCCCUUGGCAAGUCUGCUGCUGCUGGAUGUCUUCGCAUUUUUCACUGUGGCAACGCUGGCACCACUUGGCAUCGCUUGGGCUGUCGGCAGCCGGCUGCUGGCCGCCAGGAGAGCGCCAAAGGCCAAAGCAGCAUGAAUCCAUCACUUAACACUGGCAGCUUGGCUGGUAUGACUGAAACCGUUUGGAUCGAUUAGCAGCUUCUUUUCCACAAGACAGUGACCAGGAACAGGUAUUCUGGUCCAAAAAGCAAGCACAAUACUUGUGCAUUGCAACUGUGAUGUGCUAUGGGUGUGUACCCAUGUCUUAUGAAAAUGCACAUGCAGUUUUGUUGGAGAUGUUUCUCGUCUGCUUGCCAAAUUCAUGAAAAAUUUAUUUUGUGCUUGACAGUACUGUCACUAGUGAAUUGUAAUUGCUAAAGUGCACU